CAUUUCGUUCGAUCAGAAAACAAAGAAGAAGAAGAAGCAGCAGCAGAACAGAAGCGAGCCUAGCCUUUCUAUUAAGUUUUCUCCCUUCCUCCUUCUCUGAGAGAAAUCUUGUUUCUCUGUGAAAUUUCUGUUGUUUCUGUGUUUUGAUUAGUGAAAUUAUAGAUGAAUCACAAUGAGAGAUUGUAAUUGAAAGAAGAAGUUGUUGUUCAUCUUAUAAUUGAGUUGAUAGAUUCAUUAUUAGAGAGGAUUUAUGAAUAAAAGUGUUGAAAUCUGAUCUUUGAUUGGUAAGAUUUGGUUUGUGGAUUUUUUGAGAGUAGAGAUUGAAGAAGAAUCAGAGGUUUUGAUUAUUGAGAUACAUUAUCAGCAGUUGUGAAAGAGGAAUUGUUUUAGUCUUUAAUUUUGGGGGAAGAAUAGAUUUUUAUUGAGGAAUAGAUCGAAUUAUUGAGUUUUGAAAGAAGAAUUGUGAAGAUCAGAAUCACAGUUUCAGAAACUGCUUCUUCUUCUGGUUUUUGGAUAUUCUCGUAGCCAUUACUGAGUUAAUAUUUCUCAAAUUAAGUGUAAGCGUGUGAAUCCCCCUUUUAUAAAGCAGAUAUGGAAAUUGGAGAAGUAGUUAAGAAUACAAAUCGAAACAACAACAGCAGUUUAUACAACAACAACAACAACAACUGCAACCACAGAUCUUCACCAUUAAGACAACAACAACACUCGACUGAAGCACCAACGACAUCAUCCAGUCCUGUAUUUGAAUUGCAAUGGGGAAAUCGUAAAAGACUUCGUUGUUCAUCAAAACCACACAAUAAAAUUACCACCGCUGCACCUGAUUCUACUGUGGAAAGAACUUCUUCUCUCAGAGCUGAUAGGCGCCUUGUUAGAGCCGACAGAAAUAGUAAUUUCAGAAGACCUUUCUCUCCUCAUCAGCCUCAUCCUCCUUCUACAUCUUCUCAUCGUAUCCUCAGGAACUCUGAAAGUUCAACUGCUGCUGCUGCUGCUGUGAUGAAAGGAGGGCAUCAUCAUCAUCAUCAGAACGGUGUUUCUGCUGCUGUUUCUCCUGAAAGAGGUGGUGAAGAAGUCAAGCUUCAUCAUCAUCAAGAUAAGAAAGGAAAUCGUCAUCAUGAUCAUCACCAUAGCAACAACAACCAUCAUCGUUAUACAAACGGUGUGUCUGGAUCAUCAGAAACAGCUGAUGAGAAUCAUAACAAGAAAGUAAACGGUGGUGGUGGUGGGGGGUCGUCUUCAGGUGGAAGUGGUGAUCAGAUGAUGAAUAUACCACCUGUAUGGCCACCGAAGUUUGUGAUUGCAUUAACAAAUAAAGAGAAGGAAGAAGAUUUCAUGGCGAUUAAAGGCUCUAAACUUCCUCAAAGACCUAAAAAACGUGCUAAGUUCGUUCAACGCACCCUCAAUCUUGUGAGUCCUGGUACCUGGUUAUGUGAUUUAACCUUGGAAAGAUAUGAAGUUAGAGAGAAGAAAACAACCAAGAAGAGACCAAGAGGAUUGAAAGCAAUGGGAAACAUGGAAAGUGACUCCGAAUAGUGAAUGAGGCUGCAAUAAGGGGAAAAGGAUUAUAUUUUCAUUUUAUUUUUCCUAUAAAGUUGAAGAGAAAAAAGAAGAAAAAAAAGUAUAAAUUGAAAUCAGAGCCUUUGGAUUAUGAUUUUUGAAGUUUUUCUUUUUUUCUUGUUAAUCUCUUUACUGAUCCAUUUAACUUGAGAAAAAGAGAGGGUGGCUGUAAUGUCUUUAAACAACAACUAAAUAUGUUGUUUUUUGAGUAGAAGAGAGAGCAUAGAGAUAAGGAAGGAAUAUGUAAUGUUGUUCCUUUGUUUGUAGUAAUAGGUUUUAUCAUAUCCUCUUUGUUCACAUCAUCCUUUUUCAUUAAUGUAUCCCAAAAAUUUUCCUGUUUCUUU